AUGGCGCUCACCGAACACUUGCCGACGCUCGCUCUCGGGCUCUCCGCCAUUACGGUCCUCGGGGUACUCCUCAAUGCCGUGUACAACAUCUUCUUCCACCCCCUACGGCGGUUCCCGGGUUCCAAGCUCGCUGCCGGCACGAACCUCUACCGCCUUUACAUGCUCGCGACAGGCGAAGAGCACACAUGGAUCGCCGAACAGCACGCCAAGUACGGCCACGUCGUGCGCGUCGGCCCCAGCCACGUCAGCUACGCCACGCCCGACGCACACAAGGACGUCUACGGACACCAGACGGCCACGCACAAGGCCAACGACAAAGACCCGGCCUUCUUCCUCCCCGAGGCCAACGGCGAGCGCUCGCUCAUCACCAUGAUGGAGCCGCGAGAGCACGGCCGGGUGCGCCGCAUCUUCUCCAACGCCUUCUCCGACCGGGCGCUCAAGGAGCAGGAGCCCCUCAUCCGGAAAUACGUCGACAUGCUGAUGGAUGCGCUGCGGAAGCACGCCGUGACCAAGCCUGAGACGCCAGUCGAUCUGGUCAACAUGUUCAACUGCACCACCUUCGACGUCAUGGGAGACUUGUGCUUCGGGGAGCCGCUGGGCAUGCUGGAGCGCGGCGGGUACGAUCCGUGGGUGGAGAUGAUCUUCGGCGCCUUCAAGGCGAUCCGGAUCCUCGAGGUGCUGCGCGAGCUGCCGGUCGUGUCGACGUUUGUGGACCAGCUGAUGCCGCGGUCGCUGGCGGACCAGCGGUUGCAGCACUUCAAACACUCGGCCGACCGCGUCGACCGCCGCCUGGCCACCGUCACCGACCGCCCGGACAUCUGGACACUGGUGCUCAACAGGCAGGAGAAGGGCGACGGCAUCUCGCUCGCCCAGAUGCACUCCAACUCGUCGCUGUUCAUGGUCGCCGGCACCGAGACCACGGCCACGCUGCUGAGCGGCUUGUCCUACCACCUGCUGCAGGCGCCCGACAAGCUGGCCAAGCUGGUGGCUGAAGUCCGCGGCGCCUUCACGUCCGAGGACGAGCUGACCAUCGGAAACCUCGCCCGGCUCGAGUAUCUGCAAGCCGCUCUGGACGAAGGCCUGCGCAUCUACCCGCCGGUCACGACCGGAUCGCCGCGAAUCGUCCCCAAGGGCGGAAACACCAUCUGCGGCGAGUGGCUUCCUGCCGGGACGCAUAUCUCCGUGGCGCACUACGGAUCCUACCGCCUGGAACGCCACUUCCACAACCACCACCUGUUUGUUCCGGAACGCUGGAUCCCGGCGUGCUACACGGACGAGGCUUCCGAGUACAAGGUCUAUGAGUCGGAUAGGAGAGAUGCCCUGCAGCCGUUCGGCGUUGGUCCGCACGCUUGCUUGGGGAGGAACCUUGCCUACCACGAAAUGCGUUUGAUCAUCGCCAAAUUUAUCUUCAACUUUGACAUUGCGCCCUACGUCCCGGGCGAAAAGGCGGCCAUGGAACUUGGGCCGGGCGCCAAGAUCAUGUCUACAAAAGACUGGAUCCGCCACAAGGCGUUUGGGCUUUGGGAGAAGCCACCGCUCUACGUGAAGAUUACUCCGGUAGUCCGGAGCGGUUGA